AUGACUAGUACUGGUGUGUUUCAUUUGGAUAUGCCGGAAGCUCCAAGUUAUGACGACAGUGAAGAAAAUUCUCACGAUUAUUGCUCGACAAAUGGAGGGGUAGAGGAUGAGUUUCUUGAACGUGGCCCACUUAAACCAGAUGAACUCGAUGAAAACAUUAAAACGGUUGAAAUUUGUGAAGAGACAGUGAAUCCUGGUCAACCUAAAGUCCGACCACACGACUUUCAACUUCUGAAAGUUCUUGGGAAAGGUGGUUAUGGAAAAGUUUUCCUUGCACGCAAAAAUGAUACUGGUCAAACCUAUGCGAUGAAAGUUUUAAAGAAAGCUUCGAUUGUGACGAACGCCAAGGAUACUGCACACACUAAAAGCGAGAGAAAUAUACUCGAAAUGAUUAAACAUCCAUUUCUAGUUCAAUUGCAUUUUGCUUUCCAGUCCCCUGGAAAGCUUUACCUAGUCUUGGAAUUUCUAGCUGGAGGUGAGCUGUUCAUGCAACUUGAGAAAGAGGGAGUGUUUAUGGAAGAUCAAGCCAGCUUUUAUUUGGCGGAAAUAACUCUUGCCAUUGGUCAUCUUCAUUCGAUGGGGAUUGUUUAUCGAGAUUUGAAACCCGAAAAUGUACUUUUAGACCAUCAAGGUCAUGUUAAACUAACGGAUUUUGGAUUGUCUAAAGAAAGAGUCGAUCGUGAUAAUUUAACUCACACAUUCUGCGGGACUAUUGAGUACAUGGCUCCCGAAAUAUUGUUACGUCAAGGACACGGGAGAGCCGUUGAUUGGUGGAGUCUUGGCACGCUUAUGUAUGAUAUGCUUUCGGGAUCUCCUCCAUUUACAGGCGAUGAUAGAAGACAAACUAUUGACUUGAUAUUACGAGGUGAUUUCAUACCUGUACCUUAUUUAAGUCGGGAAGCCGUAUCACUUAUUUCCAAGCUUUUAGUUGUUGAUGUCAGUAGACGCCUUGGUUCUGGUCCAUCCGAUUCCGAAGCGAUCAAGAUGCACCCAUUCUUUCGUAAUACUGAUUGGGAUCGUGUUCUGAAAAAGCAGGUUGAACCACCCUUCCGACCAACUUUGACAUCUGACACGGAUGUUUCUCUUUUCGAUCCUAAGUUCACUCAAGAAAAUCCCGUCGAAAGUCCGGAUGAGGGCUUGCCAAUAUCUGCAAUGGUUUCUGAUGUUUUUGAAGGAUUUACUUAUGUUGACCCUCAAAUCCAUAUUGACAUGGCUCGUGAUCCAUGGGUAUCUACUUGGCAAACCAGUUCACGCUCGCGUCGAAGGUCUGGGAUUUCAUCCAGCAGUUCUCCAGGCUUCGUUGGACAUACAAUCAUGGCAAAUCCAAAUACACUUAUGCAAGGAACUGAUAUUCUACAUGUUGGAACCCCUCACCCCGAGCAGUUGCAGUCUACGUUAGUUGCACAUCUUCCAAAUACUGUUCAAACUUCUAUCCCGACUCAAUCACAGCCGUUUGUUUUUGCUGAAGAUUUCGAGGAUAUGGACGUCGCCAGUACUAAUUUAACCUACAGCAACAACCCACUUGAUAGCCAUUCAACUGUCAUAAACACUGUCAAUAUAUCCACCAGUAAUUCUGUAAAACCUACGUAUGCUUUACCUCUUGGUUCCCAUCGCUUAGAAAAUAGUCGAGUGAUGGAAACUGGUAUUUGUGAUCCAUAUUCAUCGCGCUCGGGCGAACAUGUUAAUGGAGUAAUUCCAAAACCAAUUGACACACGUCUAGUAAGCCCAUCAAGUUCUGCUGCCGCACAGGUAUCAGCACUUGCUGCAGCAGCGCUUGCUACUUCAUCCCGUUUGGUUGGUUCUUCUGUACACAUACCUUCAAUUGCGUCUCAUAACUCUCCCAAUCGACCUUUCAUGAAUGAGCAUAUGAUGUUUGAUCCUCAAAAUAUCAGACUUAUGAAUUUGGGAAAAUCACAACCACAAACUCCAUUGGCUGCAGUAGAAAGUUUGCAUGUUCAGAGGAAAUAG